AUGAAUUCAUCAGCUCAAGUUCUACGAGAUGCUGUUUUUCAUCGUGGAAGACAUAACAUCCAUGUACUCUGCUCAAACUAUGAAAACGUUGGCGAUCUAUCUGAACGACAAAGCGGAUUUCUUGGUCCAUUGAUUGGUGACGUUGGCAGUGUUUCUGAACCACUCACCAAAAAGUUGAUUGAACAAAACCAAAAGAAACUAUAUCUCCGAUUAUUCUAUCUGAACAUACCGACAGAAAAUACCUCCUUUGUUCAUGGCUUUGUUUUUUCUCCAUCUCAGUGUGUUUCAACUGUGAGGCAAGCUUUUCACUCAGCAAAUCUUGCCCUGAAGCAUAUACCCAACUACCAGUCCAACCAUUUUUUCGGCGUUCCACAAUGUGAAGACUCUUCAAAUCACAUCUCCGUGGACAAUUGUCGUCAAGUCCCAGGCUGCAAGACAAAACUCAUGGAUCAUCAACUGCAAGCAGUCAGCUUCAUCCGAAGGAGUGAAUCCAAACUUGUCUCGAUACCGCAUGAAAUAUGGAAUCACCCAAACAAUCGGUGGGCCAAACGAGUUUAUGAGGACGCUGUGAGGACCGGCAAUCUUGAUGAUACGAUUGACUUCGGGGGUAAAGGAUGUAUCCUGGCGGAUGAUAUGGGUCUAGGAAAAACUCUAACAACUUUAUCAGCUAUCCAACUCUCAGCCACGGAGGCACUCAAAUUCUCAGAACAACGACCUGAUGAGCAAAGUACAAUGCGAAGCUCAGCAACCUUGAUAAUCUGUCCACUUUCGACACUCGAGAACUGGAAAAACGAAAUCAACAUCCACUUUGGAAAUAAUCUUCCUUUCAUAGUCUAUUAUGGUAAAGAAAAAAGCGGAAUAGAAUUCAAGAAUAUUUCUCAAGUGGCAGUUGUACUGGCAACAUACGAGUCUGUUACGAUUGCAAGCAGGGGAGGAAAUAGCCAAGAGUUGCAGGGAAGGAGCAAGGAUAUAAAGGGUAGAGGGAUGGGUUUGGAUUUGUCCAAUAUUGAAUGGUUUUGUAUUGUACUUGAUGAAGCACAGUAA